UUCUUAAAUUCCCCUUGGGUGAUACCCAAGCAAUUCUUCCGAAACCAACGAUAUGAGGUUCCACCUAGAGCUUUCGAGGCAGUAGGAAUUUUCUCCGUUCUUAUUUAUGUUGGUAGGAGUCGGCAUAGGACAGAAUUGCAGUUUGAUGUUCCCUUCUUUAACCUUUCUUUCAUUUUCCAGUAGGAUUCACUUGGCAUUCAGUAUUUUUUUCUUUCCACAGCUGUGUGUUGUAUAAGAAGUUCGCUUGGAUCUACCACCCCCAAUACAAUGGGGUCCAAAACAAGAAAACAUUUAAAAUAUUUUACGUACAGAUGUCCAAAGAAAUGUAUACACAUUACAACAUGGAAUAUUAACCUUGUCAGUCAUGUGCCCACCAGUCACCUGUGCCACAAAGCUAAUGUUUAAUUCUCCAAGCCCACAAUGCCAUCAGCUACUGGCGAUGAACGAAAGGACUUCAUAGUCAUUACAGCUGCAAAUUAUUUUGGACUUACACCAACAGAAGAUAUCUGUGUACUGUUGAGCAAUGAUGUAAAUCUCAACAGCUUUCUAGAUGAUGCAAGCUGUUUCACCCUGUCUGCUAUGACACAUGAAAGUCAGUCCAGAAUUCAUAUGACUUUGGACACAAAGGUCAUGCCAAGGGAAGGAAAAGAGAAGUUACUUGUAUUCUUCAAAAUAAAACCAGAGAUAAUUACUUUGGAGAAUCUUCAUGAAAAUGUGUUUGUUUCUUCAAUGAUAGAUUCUCCUGUGUCAUCUUUGUAUCAUGCAAUCCAAAAAGUAUAUGCUCCAAUUCUGCUGAAAGAUGAUAAAUGGAGUUACAAUUUUGAUCCAAAACUUCAGGAACUAAUAACACAACUUGAAUCAGGAUUACAAAGUAUUUUACUGAAGGGAGAUCAGUCUGCCCGUCAUCAUACAGAAUUCAGUGGGAACUUAGCUGAAAUUAUGACUCCUGAAGAUGAAAUGCAAUUUUGGUCUAAUUUUGCAAAUUCAGUUGGAAGACAAGAUGAAAAAGAGAAAGGAACUGCAUUUUGGUAUGCACUGGAACCACUUGUAAAGGAUUUUAGAUCCCUGGAUUCUCUUUUGCUGGCAGAUGUUGAUGAAAUACUUGAAACUACACACAAUACAUUAGAUGACCUAUGGAAACUUGAUGAUUUCAUGUAUCCACAGCAUCAUAUGGAGCAUUUAAUGGAUGUUAUUGGGAAUACUUUGACAAGAUUCAUCCAGAAUAAAUUAAAAUCAAUCAACCUCUGGGAAGAUGUUUAUGUUCAAGUGGAAGAACAUUUGAAUCAGGCAAUUCAUGCCUGUAAAAAGUGGAAAGUGACAUGUGAGAGGCUAACAUCUUUAUAUUGGCCUAACUAUUCAUCUCAUCCGUGGAAGGGAAAACCAUUUAGCCCUAAAUAUACACAGAGCUUCACUAACAGACUUCAAGAGGUCCUGGAUUUAAGAACAAUUCAUCGACAACUUAUAAGACUGCUAUCCCGUAAAGAGCAAGAGGAAUUGAGGACAAAUGACACCUUUAAACCUUUUUUGGGGCUGAAUCCAAUCCAGUACAACCCUUACACUGAACCACUAUGGAGAGCUGCUGUGAAGCAGUUUGAGCAUUCUCUCAUAUCAGCUGAGGAAAGGAUAGCUGGGAAACUGCAGUUCCAGUUGCAGACAGUUAAUAAAAAUACUUUGCAGCUUCUGCAGGAGUUCAAACGUUACCAAGAAUUAAUCCAAAGGCCAAGUGUGAGAAGAACAUUGAUUGCUGAGAGAGAAAAUCUAUUGGGGUUGCUGAGAGAAUAUGCCCAUAGUGUGAGUUUAGACUUUGGUUCAGGGCAGAACAGAGAAUAUGCCAGAUUGUUGGAUAUGCCAGAAGUUAUCAGUAACAUAUACUGGGUUCGUCAACUAGAGUAUAAGCUGAGAGACAUUGAAAAGACAAGUGCCAAGCUCUUGAAUGACUUGCAAGGUUAUGCAGAGCUUCAAAAAGCAGUGGGGGAGGUUCUGAGGGACUUGAAAGAGUACCACACAGAUCAGUUUGAUAGCUGGACACGAGAUGUAGGAGCUGCUGUUCACAACAAAACUCUCAGCUUGUGUACUGAUGAACCAGUGGUUCAUUUUGAGCAAGGCAAGUUGAUGCAUGUGAACUAUGCCCCACGCCUGGUUGGAUUAGUGAGGGAGGUGCGUCAACUCAUUGUUCUAGGAUACAAGAUACCAAUGAAAAUUCAGGAGGCAGCAGAUCUUGCAAAGAAAUUUAUGAGACAAGCCAAAGCUCUUGAACAGGUUGCUAACUUUCACAACACUAUUGGCGAUCGCAUGAUUCCAUCUCAGAGACCAAUGAUGCUGGAGGCUGCUCUGGAUUUGGCUCACUUAGUGCAGGAACAAAAUGGAGUUACAUGGAGUGAUACAGUUGCUGUGGACAAGUACAUUGCUCAAUUGCAGACCACAGUUGAGAGGCUGUCGAGAGAAAACAACAAACUUGCCUCUUAUCAUGACCAAAUCAGAGAUAAGGUAAUUAUGUUAAUGAACACUGACCUACUUCGACAACAGCAACAGUGGAAGGAAGGCCUCAAGGAUAUACGAAACAUUAUGAAUCAAGUUGAAGACCAGAAAUUCUCUAACAUGAAGUCUUGGCGAGCACAUUGGGAUCAUCAGCUGUAUAAAGCAUUAGAGCACCAAUAUCAAGUAGGACUUGAAGCACUAAAUGAACAUCUUCCAGAAAUUAAAGUGGAGCUAAUAUAUAGGCAGCAGAAGUUGCAGUUUAGACCUCCUAUGGAGGAAAUCCGGAUGAAAUACUAUGGACAAUUGAAACGUUUCUUAGCAAUUCCUAAUAAUUUUCGAGGCGUCAGUGAAACUAAUGAAGGUCUUACAUUUCCUACCAUUAUUCAAAGGAAUGGACAUAGAUUUGGUCAUUUAUUUGCCAAGGCUGAAGAAUUAUUUGGGCACUUGAAUGCAGUGAAAGAAAAGUGGUUACAGUGGGUUGCGCUGGGUUCAGUUGAUUUAGACAGCCUGGUUCACAAAUAUCUGCAUACUUCUGAUGACUGGGAUCGUAACUUUCGAGCUUCAAAAACAUGGAGUCAAGAAAUUGCGAAGUUGCCAACUACCGAUGAGAAGAUUGACUGCUUCUCAGUGAGCUUCCUGCCAGUUCGUGCAGAGAUUGAAUUACACAACCGUCGUUACUGGGACACAAUAGUUAGUUCUCUGCAGAGUUCCAUUGUGAGGGAUGUUGGAGUUAUUGAAAAGUUUACAACAGAGUCAACUGAAAUACUUUCAAGACAGCCACAAACCGUUGAAGAGAUUGGUGAAGCAAAUGCUAAAUAUGCUGAAAUUAUGAAGACUUCUUCAGAGAUGCUUCUGGUGUUUGAAGAGGCUGACAAGAAGAAUAAGGCCCUUGCAAGUUGGACCAAGGAGAGAGUGGAGCAAAUCAGUCGCAUGAUAGCUCUUUGGAACAACUUUCAAGCAAUGCUUGAUAACCAUCAGUAUCUCCUUGGUAAACAGGUUGAAGGAAUUAAGAGUAACCUUAUGACACAAGGUGAAAACCUCAUGAGUGAAGUAGAGAAGUUUCAGUUGCGUUGGGAGCAACUGAAGCCUCGGGAGACAAGUCUUCAGGAUGGAGGACUUGAGAUCCUGACAAAGAGUCUCACUGUUCUUCGAGAAAAGAGGCAGGAGUGGCAGCUGCUGAUGCAGACAAGAGAAAAGCUUCUGCAAGAUUGUGCUAACUUUGGAAUUGAAACCCCUGAGUUCUCUGUAAUUGAUGAAGUUGAGAGUGAUCUCAAAACACAUGAGAAUAUGUGGUCUCUCUUUGAUGAAUUCAACACAGGUAUUGAAACUAUGUCAAAAGAAGAAUGGAUCAUCUUUCGCAGCAAGAGCUACAAAUUUGAAGAAUUUGUACAACAUUGGCAAGAGAGACUUAAAUCUGGUGGUCAGACUACAUCCUUAACUGUUAGGUUAUUACAAGAAGUUGAAAAGUAUAAGGUGGUACUCCCUUCACUGAAGUAUGUUCGUGGAGAAAUGUUCAGUGACAAACACUGGCUUGAAAUAUUUGGAAUUCUUGGGAUGUCUAACAAGUCAGUUGAGAUGCUUACUUUUGCUGACUUUUUAAAUGUCAAGGAAAAGAUAGCUGCUAAUGUCGGUGCCCUUCAGAAUCUGAAUGCCCGUGCAUCUAGUGAGAUAGUGAUCAGGCAAGCUCUAGGAGAACUAGACAUCUGGGAAGUGGAAGCUAAAUUUUUACUCACUGAACAUAAAGAUUCUCAAGGAAUGUGUGUGAUGCUUAUAAAGGACUUCAAAGACAUUCUGAACAAGGUUGGUGACAAUCAGUGUUUGCUUCAGUCUAUUAAGAAUUCUCCUAACUAUGAGAGCUUUGUUGAUAGAACUUCAAUUUGGGAAACAAGAUUGGCUGAUUUGGAUGAGUACUUACAUCACCUGAAUCAGAUACAACGCAAGUGGGUGUACCUUGAGCCUAUAUUUGGGGCUGGAACAUUGUCACAAGACCAGGCCAGAUUCCAGAGAAUUGAUCAUGAUUUCCGCUACAUUAUGGGAGAUAUUGCUCAAGAUAGCAAAGUAGUGUCCCUCUGCAGAAUCAGCAACCUCCACCAGACUCUGAACAUGCUGCUUGACCAGUUGUCUCGAUGUCAGAAGAGUCUGAUUGAUUUCCUUGAAGAGAAGCGGUCUGUGUUUCCAAGAUUUUACUUCCUGGGUGAUGAUGACUUACUGGAAAUACUGGGUCAGUCCACAAAAGAACAGGUGAUCCAGGCCCAUCUCAAAAAAUUGUUUGCUGGAAUCCUCACUGUUGUGUUUGAUGAUGAUGGCAAAAACAUUAUGGCUAUGAAGUCACUGGAAGGAGAGGUGGUACAACUCUGCAAACCUGUCGGACUCACUCAGAAAGUCGAGGAGUGGCUGAGUAAUUUAGCAACUGAAAUGAAAACAACUCUGAAACAGCUUCUUCUAGAUUGCCUGGAUGACAUUAAGAAACAUAAUUCAGGAGCUGAUCCUCUGAAAUAUCCAUCUCAGAUUCUGUGUUUAGCUGAAAGUAUAACAUUUACUGAAAGAUGUGAAAAAGCUAUUUAUUCUAAUAGUCUGGAAGACCUUCUGUCUUCAUUAAAGUCACAAUUAGAAGCUUACACUAAAUUAGAAUUGGAGUGGGCUGAUGGGGACAUGGAUGGUGAUUCACUUGAGUUGGAACUGAAGCUAAAAUCUCUGUUACUUGAUACAAUCCAUCAUAUGAGUGUUGUGGAACACUUGAUUGGUGUUAAUAUUUCAUCUGCUCAGGACUGGCAUUGGCAGAGACAGCUUCGGUUCUAUAUUCAUAAGGAUGGUAUAGCUGUAGCCAGGAUGGUAGAUGCUGAAUUUCAGUAUACUUAUGAGUAUCAAGGAAAUGCACCAAAAUUGGUUCACACACCUCUGACUUACAAGUGUUACCUUACCCUUACACAGGGAAUGAAUAUGGGCUUAGGUGGCAACCCAUAUGGACCAGCUGGAACAGGCAAGACGGAGUCUGUCAAGGCACUAGGAAGCCUUCUAGGUCGUCAAGUUCUUGUCUUCAACUGUGAUGAGGGUAUUGAUGUGAGAUCAAUGGCUCGUAUCUUUGUUGGCUUGGUAAAAUGUGGUGCUUGGGGCUGUUUUGAUGAGUUCAAUCGUCUGGAAGAAGCAACCUUAUCUGCAGUCUCAAUGCAGAUCCAACCCAUUCAGACAGCUCUAAAAUUUGGCCAUGGAACUGUAAAGCUUCUGGAUGAAGAAAUACCUCUGGAUCCAAACUCUGGUAUUUUUGUAACCAUGAAUCCAGCAGGGAAGGGUUACGGAGGAAGACAGAAGUUACCAGACAAUCUGAAGCAGUUGUUCCGACCUGUGGUGAUGUCACAUCCUGACAAUGAUCUGAUUACUGAAGUGAUUCUUUACUGUGAAGGUUUCAAGUAUGCCAAGUCCAUUGGCAAAAAGCUUGUUGAAGUGUUUGAUCUGUCAAGGAAGCUACUGACAAAGCAACAGCACUAUGACUGGGGUCUGCGAGCCUUGAAAACAGUGCUUGGGGGUUGUGGGAGUCUGACAUUUGCUGAUUGUGCUCGCUUUGAUUCUCUGGUUCAUGAUGUUUUUCCUGGUGUUCAGUUCACUAGUUCUGGUUAUGAGGAGCUCACAGCAGCUCUGAAAGAAAGUUGCAGUGACUUAGGAUUACUGUGCAAUGAAAAUCAAAUGAGAAAAUGCCUAGAGGUAUAUGAGCAGCUACAGCAAAGGAUGGGGGUUGUGAUUGUAGGUCCAUCAGGAUCAGGCAAGAGCACAUUGUGUCGCCUACUUAAACAUUCUUUGACAAAGAUGGGCAAAUCAUUGAAGCAACACACCAUGAAUCCAAAAGCGAUGCCUAGAACACAGCUGCUAGGACAGAUAGAUAUUGAUACCAGACAGUGGACAGAUGGUGUACUCACAUUGAGUGCUCUGCAGGUAUAUUCUGAACCACCAGAUGUACAUUCUUGGAUUGUGUGUGAUGGUGAUGUGGAUCCAGAAUGGAUUGAGUCAUUGAAUUCAGUUUUAGAUGACAACAGAUUGCUGACACUGCCAUCUGGUUGGAGAAUCCAGUUUGGACCUAAUGUCAACUUUGUGUUUGAAACUCAUGAUUUGAGUUUUGCAUCACCUGCAACAAUAUCUCGAAUGGGAAUGAUUUUUCUCAGUGAUGAAGAUAUCAAUGUGAUAGGCCUUGUUUCUGCCUGGCUCAAGGGACAGAAUGAGUCAAUUCUUAGAUUUUUGACACCACUGAUUGAAGAUUAUUUUUACAAAGGAGUGAAUUGGGUUGUGCAACAAGGACAGAUGGUGGUCACUAUGUCACUUGUUGGUGUAGUUCAGAAUGGACUGUCUCAGCUGCAUGGAGUAACCAGCAGGGCUCACUUUGCAGUGGCUCUGAUCAGAGGUCUUGGUGGAAACCUGACCCUUCCCAGCAGGGAGGCUUUUGCAAAACAGGUGUUUGAAUGGACAGGCGAAUAUGUUCGUGACCCUGCUCGCCUGCUGUACAGCUAUUACAACCCACAACGUGAUUGUCUGGACACAUACAUGAUAAACCAUGAAAACACAGAACUCCGUCUUGGAGUAACUGGCUGUUUUCUUCCUCUCAUCAUGACUGCAGAUGUUAAACGAACACUGGACAUUAUUGGUCCUUGGCUGCAUGUUGAUACACAGCAGCCAUUCUUGUUAGUAGGACCACAGGGCUGUGGAAAAAGCAUUCUCCUGAAUCAUUGCUUCAGCAAGCUGAGAGCGACUGAGUUGGCAACCAUUCAUUGCAGUGCUCAGAUCACUCCUCAGCAUGUUCUUCAAAAACUGAGUCAGGUAUGCAUGGUGAUCUCAAGCAACACAGGACGUGUGUAUCGUCCAAAGAACAGUGAACGUUUGAUCUUGUACUUCAAAGACUUGAACCUUGCUAGACCUGACAAAUGGGGAACCAGCAUGCUUAUUGCAUUCCUUCAGCAGGUCAUUACUUAUAAUGGUUUCUAUGACAAUAAUCUCGAAUGGGUGGGCCUGGAGCAAGUUCAGAUUGUGGGCAGCAUGACACAAGGAAAUUCAAUGGGUCGUCAUUCUCUCAGUCCACGUUUUACCUCGAUUAUGAGGAUCUAUUCAAUCAGCUAUCCAGAGCAAGAUGAGCUAAAAUCUAUAUACACUAUUUAUAUGUCCAGCAUCUUUGGUUUGUGUCUGCCUAAACAUGAAAUAUUGAAGUCCUCAGCCAAAGUUGCCAACCUUACAGGAUCCAUGAUCAAAAUUUAUGAUGAGGUUAGAAACACAUUUACUCCAGUGUGUCAGAAUCAUUAUAUUUUUACACCUCGUGACUUAACUCGGUGGUGUUUAGGAUUUCUUCGUUAUGACCUUAAAGAGGAUGAGCAUUCUGUCAACUUAGUGCUUGAAGUCUUGGUUUAUGAAUCCAUGAGGUUAUUCCGUGACAAGCUGGUCUGUCAUGAGGAUCGCUCUCAGUUUGAUUCUAUCGUUACUAGAGUUCUGGAGUCUGAGUGGAGCAGAGAUUCAUUAGUGGAGAAACUUUCUGGAAUGUAUUAUGUCACACGGGGUGAUGACUCAAUAUCAGCAGGAGCUCCACUGCCACCAUUUGGCAAGCCUCUUGUAAAAAUGGAAGCAGCAGAUUGGACUGUCUUGGUAGAAAGAGGCAUUGUACAGUUUGGUCGAGAAGGGCAGUCAUUGGAUCUCAUAGUUUUCCAAGAAGUACUUGACACAGUGGCUUGUAUAGACAGAGUACUAUCUGCUCCUCAUGGAUCUCUCUUGUUAGCUGGGAGAGCUGGUGUUGGAAGAAAGUCAGCUGUGCGAAUUGUUUCAGCUCUUCAUGGAGCUAAAUUAUUUUCCUUGAAAAUGGGAAAGGCAUAUAGCUUGAAGAAUUUCAAAAAUGAUUUGAAAUCUGUGAUGCAGUUAGCAGGUGUAGAAGGGGAGCAGGUUUAUAUGCUUCUGGAAGACUAUCAAGUCACAGACGUUGCUUUCCUGGACAUGGUGAAUAGUCUUCUUUCAUCUGGAGAAGUGCCUGGGCUGUAUAAUGCAGAGGAACUGGAACCUAUCAUAUCACCCCUCAAAGAUGUCGCUGCACAAGAAGGAUUUGUAGGGAGCCCAGCAUCCUACUUUUCAAAAUGUGUGCAGAAGAACUUGCAUGUCAUCCUGGUAAUGGACUUUACAAAUGCACACUUCACAGUGGCAUGUGAGAGUAACCCAGCUUUGUACAAACAGUGCAGUAUUAUAUGGCUGCCAGGUUGGAGCACAGUCAGCAUGAGAACAGUUCCACACCUUCUGCUGACCAGGGCUGUUAAAGUUGAAGAUCAUACAUCAGGCUAUAAGAGGAGUGGACGGAGGUCAUCCAUGAACGACACCCUUAUUGAAGGUUUCUUGAGAAUUCAUGAGCAUGUUUCUGAUAAAUUAGCCACUCCUCGGCGAUACAUCUCCUUUAUCUACACCUACAUGCAUAUCUACACAAAGAGGAAAACUGAUAUCCAGCAGAAGCAACAACGACUGCAGGCAGGUGUAUCCAAACUUACUGAAGCCCGUCAUGUUGUUGAUGCAUUGAAGUCCCAGGCAGCAGGCCAAGAACAGAAGUUGGCAGAGAAGCAAGCAAAAGCCAACUCUGCACUGCAGAUGAUAACAGAAACAAUGCGCAGUGCCAAUACUCAGAAGGUGGAAAUGGAGUCUCUGAAAGAGCAGACAGAGAGAGAAAGUCUUCAGCUUAUGGAGAGGAAAAAGGCUAUAGAUAUGGAGCUAGCAGAGAUUGAGCCCCUGAUCCAAGAAGCUAGUGCUGCAGUUGGAAACAUAAAGUCUGAAUCACUGUCUGAGAUUCGGUCAUUACGAGCUCCUCCAGACAUUAUCAGGGACAUCCUGGAAGGUGUUCUGAGGCUCAUGGGCAUUCUAGAUACUUCAUGGAACAGCAUGAAAACCUUUCUGGCUAAGAGGGGAGUUAAGGAAGAGAUCAGGUCAUUUGAUGCACACAGAAUAAAUCCAGAAAGCCGUCAAGCAGUUGAAAAAUUAUUAGUUGAAAGGAAAGAAUCAUUUGAUCCCAGGAAUGCUCGGCGAGCUUCUGUAGCAGCUGCUCCACUCGCAUCUUGGGUUACUGCAAAUGUGAAAUACUCUUAUGUGUUGGAAAAGAUUCGACCUCUUGAGAGAGAACAAUCAAAGUUGUAUCAAAACAUGAAGCUUGCUGAACAACAAAUUGGGAGGCUGAGUUUGGAUCUCACAGAUGUUGACAAAACUGUUUCUGAUCUGAAGAAUCAAUUGAAUACUUACACAAAGGAGGCUGCUGAGAUUGAGAUCCAUUUAAAUAAAGCUCAGGAAACUAUUGUCGCUGCAGAGGGAUUGGUUGGCAAACUGAAUGAUGAGUUUGAAAGAUGGAAGAAACAGCUGACUGAGUUGUCACAGGACCUGAAGCAGUUACCAGUAAACUCUUUGUUAGCUGCAGCAUUCAUCACAUACUUAUCAUUGGCACCAGAAGAUCUUCGUCAGUCCUUGAUAACAGAGUGGCAGGAUCUGUUGGACGUGAACAACUUUUCCUUCGCCACUUUCCUGGGCUCUGAGAAAGAGCAGCUGCAGUGGCUAUCAGAAGGACUUCCCUCUGACCAACUAUCUAUCCAGAAUGCUCUUAUCAUACUUCAGCUUGCAAGUUUGGAGGCUGGGACAUCACUUUCUCCUUUCCUCAUUGACCCAUCUUCAUUGGCAUCAGAAUGGCUGAAGAAGCAUUUGCAGGACUGCACUGUUGAAGUUGUGUCCCAGCACAGUCAACAUUUUAUGACCACUCUGGAACUUGCAAUCAGGUUUGGAAAAGUUUUAAUCAUUCAAGAGGUAGAUAGUAUUGAUCCUGUACUUUUCCCCAUUCUUCGAGGAGAUUUCAUAAAUCAAGGUCCAAGGAAAGUGGUUCAAGUUGGAGACAAACUGAUUGAUUAUCAUGACAACUUCCAGUUGUUCUUAACCACACGUAAUGCUGAGCCAGAUAUUUCAUCUGAUGUUGCUGCUGCUGUUACUUAUGUGAACUUUGCUACAACUUGGGCAGGUCUCACAGGACAGUUGCUUGCCUGUGCGUUGCGUCAGGAACGGCCAGAACUAGAGCAACGGCGUAGUGAGCUGUUGCGGCAGGAAGAAGAACUCAAACUGAAACUUGACCAGCUGCAAGAGAUUCUCUUGCAAGAAUUGGCAAAUGCUCAAGGAGACAUACUUCUGAACAAAGACCUUCUUGCUUCACUGAAUGAAACAAAAGCCAGUAGUGCUGCUAUUUAUGAAUCACUGACUGAGUCAUCUCAUCUCCAAGCUGAAUUGAACAAGGAGUUUGAUGCUUACCAACCCCUUGCUGAAUUUGGUAGCACUCUUUAUUUUGUUAUAAUGGACCUUGGAAAAGUGAACAAUAUGUACCAGUUCUCAGUAACAGCUUUCACGAGGCUUUUUCAGAAAGCAUUAAGUGGGCCCAAGGUAGAAGAACCAAGUGAAAUCAGAACAAAGGGCUACCAGAGAAGACUUCAACAUAUUAUUUAUGAGUAUAUUAGUCGAUCACUGUUCAAGGCUGAUAGACUCAUGUUUGCUGUUCAUCUUGUCAGUAGAAUGUAUUCUCAGCAAAUUCAGGAAAAUGAAUGGAAAGUCUUUGUAGGUCAAGCCAUAUCUGAUAUCAAGAAUGAUGCAUCAAAAAUGAGUGACAGUGUACCAAACUGGAUUGAAGAAGAAAGAGCAUUUGAUGUUUUUGUUCUCAAGAGUUCACUACCAGAACUGUACUCACAACUGGAGUUAGAUGAUAAAGGGUUGUGGUCAGGUUUUUCACACAGUGGAGAAUGUGAAAACAACUUUCCGUUGAAGUUGGGUCACAGAUUAUCACCAUUCCAGAAGGUCCUUGUGAUAAAAGCCUUGAGGCCUGAUCGACUUCAUUCAGCACUUGUUCAAUUUGCUCUUCAGACUCUAGGUUUGCAAGAUCUUUCUCCACCAGCACUUAGUCUGAAGCAGUUGUUAUUUGAGACUCUUGCAACAGAGCCAAUUCUUCUCAUCAUCUCUCCAGGAGCUGACCCAUCAGAGGAACUGUGUGCUCUUGCCCAUACCACAGUUGGGGAUCAACACUAUCAUGAGGUGGCAAUGGGUCAAGGCCAGGUGACAAUGGCUUUGGAUAAGCUGAGUACUGCUGCUCGACAGGGUGACUGGCUGUGUCUUAAAAACCUGCACCUGAUGACAUACUGGCUGCCAGCUCUUGAGAAAGAACUUAAGUCCCUGCAGCCACAUGAAAACUUCCGCUUAUGGUUUACUGCUGAGGCUCAUCCAAAAUUUUCAGCUAUUCUUGCCAAGUCAUGUCUUAAAGUAACUUAUGAGUCACCUCAAGGUGUGAAGAAAAAUCUGCAGCGCACAUAUGCAUCAUGGGGACCAGAGUUCAUCAAUGGCAGUGGUCAGGGAGAGAACAGGGCGAAAGCAUUAUUUGCUCUUGCCUGGUUCCAUGCAGUGGUUCAGGAGAGACGAACAUUUAUCCCGCAAGGUUGGGCUAAAUUCUAUGAGUUCAGCGAUGCUGAUCUGCGAGCAGCAGCUGAAGUUCUUCAACAGCUCUUCAAGAAAGGUUCUGGUAACAUCAAAUGGGAAUUUGUACAUGGCUUAUGUGAGAAUGCAAUCUAUGGUGGCCGAGUGGACAAUGCCUAUGAUAUCAGAGUCCUGUCCUCUUAUCUCAGGGAGUUUUUCAGUUCAGCUGUCCUUGUUGAUGCAAGAAAGUCAUUAGGACCUGGAAUUAAUAUCCCUACUACAGCCAGUUAUAAGGCACAUAUCAGUGCUAUUCAGCAGUUAUCAGAUAAUGAUAAGCCAGCAUACUUUGGAUUGCCAGCUAAUGUGGAACGUUCUUGGCAGCGGAUCACAAGCCAUGAAGUUAUUAACCAGCUUAAAACACUGAUGAGAUCUGUUGAGGGAGUCAAUAAAUUUAAUAGAGAGGAAUGGCAGCUUCAGCUUACACCUGUUCUAAAUCUGUGGAAAAAGCUGAAUCAGGGUUCAGGUUUGAUUCAGAUGAAAGUGCCACAGAUAGUGGAAGGAUCAGAAGAGAGAAGUGGUCAGGGAGCAUCCCCAGUAGUGCUGUUUGUAACUCUGGAAUAUCACAAUGCUGUGCUUUUAGUGCAGCAAAUUCACAAGUCCUUGGUCACCCUCAGCAAAGUGAUUCGUGGUACUAUACUUCCUAGCAGUGACAUGGUACAAUUGGCUGACUCCAUUAUAAACCAACAGACUCCAGACAUGUGGCAGAAAAUGUGGGAAGGUCCUGGUGACCCCAUGUUGUAUCUUCGAAGUUUGAUGGCCCGAGCUCUGGCUGUCCAGCGCUGGAAUCAGCGAGCAAGCCAGGGUUCUCUACUAAGGGAACCUGUUGAUCUUUCAGAUCUCUUUCACCCAGAUACUUUUCUUAGUUCUCUUAAGCAGCAAACAGCAAGAGAUUAUGGACUGGCCUUGGAUGAGCUUCAGUUAGCAUGCAGUUGGAGUAAGAGUGGACUGCCUGGUGCUCAUCUGCCUGUCACACUGAUAGCCUUACAGUUGGAAGGAGCCUCAUUUGAUGGUUUGCGCUUGCUGCCAAAUGGAGCUGACUCACCUAGCAUUACAUUGGCACCACCAUGUACAAUUGCCUGGAUGCCACAGGGAAGUGCACAGGUUUACCAACAUGGAGAGGUGAUUCACUUACCACUGUACUAUACUGCUAGCAGAGAGCAAUUUGUGGUAAGUUUGGAUGUCCCGUGUGCUGGAGACCAGGAUAAAUGGAUCCAGAUAGGAGCAGUUUUCUUCUUGAGAAGUUAAAUUAACAGCUCCAAUUUCAGGUAACUCAUAUUGGAUCUUUUAAUUCAGUCUUGCAAUUUUUAGGACAUACAAUGUAGUAUGCACUAAAAAAGUAAAAAAUUAUUUAAACUAUAUAAAUGCACUAUGAAACUCUCUGCAUUGGACAGCAAUGUGAAUCAUCUUUUGAAGAUAGAAGUUGAGUUCUGCAUUACUGAUUACUGUACUAGUCAGUUUAUCUUGUCAUACUCACUAUUUUUGUGAUGUUAAGUUUUUGUUAAUAUUUCACCAAAAUAUUUACGCAUUUACUUGGUGUGCAUUAGCCAUUUCAUUGUUGUGGCAUCUAAUAUGGAAGCCCUGUGGAAACUCCGUCCAGUUAGUAAUUUUAGAAUCUGUGUACCAAAAUAAAUGUUCUUUAUGUAACUGUUUAAACUAUAGGUAUACAUGUUACCAAGUUAAUAUGGUAUUCUGCGUGAUUAAACAUUAUAUGAAAAGACUUUGAAAAAUACCUAUAAUAAAUAUGUUCCUAAAUUAAA